AUGGCAGCCCUACGCAGCUCGUAUGUGGAGAGGUUCACGAAGGAAACCAAGACACAGAUAUCGCUGUGCAUAGAUGGCGGGCCACUGGAUGUCCUACCUGAUAGCCACAAAGCCUUCGAGUCAUCGAGCAUCCCUAACCAAAAGGAAGAGCACCAUGCUUGUCAAUUCUCCGCAACUCAGCACAUCUGGAUAUGGACUGGAGUUGGAUUUCUAGACCAUAUGCUUCAUGCGUUGGCAAAGCACGGCGGAUGGAGUCUACGAAUUCGCACAGUUGGUGACUUAGCUAUUGAUGAUCAUCACACUACCGAAGAUACCUUCCUCGCUCUUGGAGAGGCUCUGUCAACAGCUCUGGGUGAUCGAAAGGGUAUUAAGCGAUUUGGCAGCGCCUAUGCUCCGCUAGAUGAAGCACUUGCACGGGCUGUCAUUGACAUUUCAUCUCGCCCUUUCUUUGUCGGCGUAUUUGACUUCAAGGAUGCAAAAAUUGGCAAUCUCACUAGCCAAAUGAUUCCCCAUGGUCUACAGAGCUUUGCUCACACGGCGGGUGUUACUCUGCAUGUUGACGUGCUUAAGGGUGAAAACGACCACCACCGUGCUGAAGCUGCCUUCAAAGCUUUGGCUGUGGCUAUUAGAGAUGCCACUUCCAAGGUUGCUGGGAAGGAAGGGGAAGUUAUUAGCACAAAGGGAGUCUUAUAG